AUGUUUGCUCUUGUCUGUUUUUUUUUGUGCAUUUCCAGGCAGGUUUGUUUGUUCCUCAAAAGAGGAGCUGCACAGAACGAUGGAGAUGAAGACGGCCAGGACCCUUUGAGCAUAGCCGUGCAGCAAGCCAAUGCAGAUAUAGUCACGCUGCUGCGUCUGGCCAGGAUGAACGAUGAAAUGCGGGAGUCAGAGGGGCCCUUCGGACAGCCAGGAGACACAACAUACAUUGACAUCUUCAGGGAGUUUUCCCAUAUGGCCUCCCACAACCCGGAGAAGCUGAAGCGUAGGAGUUUGCACUUCCGACACUCCUUCAGGUAGUCAGCUGAAUAUCUGGAGAGGAAGGCUGCCUCCCCUUCAUACUUGAGAUUCAAUAACAAGCGACCUGGAGGAAGAAUCUGAAGCUCUUCAUCAUUCAUCAGAGUGUGCCACUUCCUGUCCCGCCUUAAAAAUGUGCUUAAGGUCGAUAGGUUAUGUCUCAGAUAAGACUUUAUUUUGGUAGGACAAUUUUUGUUUUUUUGAGGAUUUGCUGGUCUUCUCCUCUUCUAUAUGACUAUAAAACAUUAUUAUUCCUUCAAAAGGUGAAUGAUAAUUACUUGUUUCACCUGUAGUGGUAUAUAUUUACCAAGUUUUUCUGUCUGGGCCAUUGAAGGAAUCUCAUUAUUACCUUGUUUUUCUACAUGCAUGCAUUACAUUUCAUACUUAAACUUUCAAAUACAGCUAGGAAGUGUUACAUUAGCCAUCAUCAUCAUCGUCAUCAUAUUCUUGCAGUGUUAUUUUAAUGUGCCGUCUAUUCUGAUGAGAAAUAUCUUCUAUUUUGCAUCGACUACGCUGGUCUAGUCCUUGUGAAAUUUUUUGUUUGAAUGUAACUUGCUUUACCACUAUGAGAUGAGGUCUUUUUUUUUGUCCUGUAAGCAUGCUGGAGAAGCGAAAUAAAAUGUUAAUAUAUCUUGAAUGAGAGACGAGUGCAAAUAAAAGUUGUCUGUUUUACCUC